AUGAAGAGGAAGCUGGCACUCUCGGAGAUGCUGUUGGUUCUUCUCAUUUUAUUGGUGUGGCUGCCAACAAGAUCAGUGCUGGCUGACUCGCUGGAAGAUGAAGCUAAGAAUAACAUCACCAUCUUUACAAGAAUUCUAGACAGACUUCUGGAUGGUUAUGAUAAUCGUCUUAGACCUGGAUUAGGAGACAGUAUUACUGAAGUCUUCACUAACAUCUAUGUGACCAGUUUUGGACCUGUUUCAGACACAGAUAUGGAAUACACAAUAGAUGUUUUCUUCCGUCAGAGAUGGAAGGAUGAGAGAUUGAAAUUUAAGGGCCCAAUGAAUAUUCUUCGAUUGAACAACUUAAUGGCCAGCAAAAUCUGGACCCCAGAUACAUUUUUUCACAAUGGGAAGAAGUCAGUGGCUCAUAACAUGACAAUGCCAAACAAGCUUCUACGAAUCCAAGAUGAUGGAACUCUCUUGUACACCAUGAGACUUACAGUCCAAGCUGAAUGUCCAAUGCACUUGGAGGACUUUCCUAUGGAUGCUCAUUCGUGCCCACUGAAAUUUGGCAGCUAUGCAUACACAACUUCAGAAGUGACAUACAUUUGGACUUACAAUGCUUCAGAUUCAGUGCAAGUGGCACCAGAUGGUUCAAGAUUGAAUCAGUAUGAUCUUUUAGGCCAAACAAUUGGAAAAGAGACAGUUAAAUCAAGUACAGGUGAAUAUACAGUAAUGACAGCUCAUUUUCACUUGAAGAGAAAAAUUGGUUAUUUUGUCAUUCAGACUUACCUUCCCUGCAUCAUGACUGUCAUUCUCUCUCAAGUGUCAUUUUGGCUGAACAGAGAGUCUGUACCUGCAAGGACAGUCUUUGGAGUAACAACCGUGUUGACAAUGACAACACUGAGCAUCAGCGCUCGAAAUUCACUUCCCAAAGUAGCAUAUGCAACAGCUAUGGAUUGGUUUAUUGCUGUUUGUUAUGCAUUUGUAUUCUCUGCAUUAAUUGAAUUUGCAACUGUAAAUUACUUCACAAAACGAGGAUGGGCUUGGGAUGGAAAAAGUGUAGUAAAUGAUAAGAAAAAAGAAAAAGCAUCUGUCAUUAAGAAAAACAAUGCCUAUGCAGUUGCUGUUGCCAACUAUGCUCCAAAUAUUACCAAGGACUCAGUACUACCAACCAUCUCCAAGAGUGCUACAACUGCAGAACCCAACAAGGCAAAACCAGAAGCGAAGCCACAAGAAGCAAAGAAGACAUUCAACAGUGUUAGCAAAAUUGACAGAAUGUCUAGAAUAGUGUUUCCAGUCUUAUUUGGUACUUUUAACUUAGUGUAUUGGGCUACAUAUUUAAACAGGGAACCUGUCUUACUUGGCUUUGCCCCAUCAACCUAA